GAGAUGAUAACAGAGUCCGCUCCAUUACGUUGCAGGAAGCUCAGCAAUCCUGACAUCUUUUCAUCUGCUGGGAAAACCAAGCUCCAUCGUCAGCUAAGUCAAGAUGACUGCAAGCUGCGAAGAGGUAGUUUGGCAAGCUCUUUGUCAGGAAAACAGUUACUUCCCUUAUCAAAUAGUGUCCACAGUGGAGUGGGACAGACGGUGUGGCAGCCACCUGGAGAUACCUCAAACCUGGUUCGCAUGAGAAAUCAGUCUCUAGGACAAUCUGCUCCUUCACUUACUGCUGGUUUGCUGUGCGGAUUAGGCAGUACGGAGUGGAACGAGAAAACGGCCGUCCUCGAGGUGGUGGGUCCUUGGCUCCGCAAGGAAGUGCAUGUUGGAAACCUGCAGGAAGCGUGGCUAGCUGCCCGCAGGUUCGGGCUUGUGGGUGAGCAGCUUCAGGCGAUUCCCUUAUCCGCCCGGGAAAGGUGCCGCCGCCGGCGGUUUUUCCCGUCUCCUGCCGAGGCGUCCGCGGAGCAGCUCCGCCCUCUGCCGGCCCGACCGCGCCGCGCCGAGCGGUCGGGAAGCGUUUUAUGGAGAUCCUGCGGGCUGUUCGUGGGUUUACAGCACAGGCGUGCAGUUUCUGGGAUCGUGUUCCGCA